AUGGCCGGGAACAGCGGGGAGUCAGAGCAGGCCAUCAACGGCAUGGGCGGUGCCAUGGAGAGCACAGCACAGGAGUCAUAUUCCUUUCCGGACGACAGGCUGAAGAUAGUCAUGGACGAUCCGUCAAAGACUCCCUUGCUGCUAGUCGCCUGUGGCUCGUUUUCACCCAUUACCUAUCUACAUCUACGCAUGUUUGAAAUGGCGGCGGACUUUGUCAAGUUUAGCACGAAAUUCGAGCUCAUCGGGGGCUACCUGUCCCCUGUAUCAGAUGCAUACAGAAAGGCCGGGCUUGCUUCUGCCUCACACAGGAUAAACAUGUGUCGAUUGGCCGUGGAUAAGACAUCAGAUUGGCUGAUGGUCGAUCCAUGGGAAGCUAUGCAAAAGGAAUAUAGCCCUACCGCACAGGUUCUGGAUCAUGUCGAUAAGAUCAUCAAUCAUGACCGUGGUGGUAUAGAUGUCGGGGAUGGCACAAAGAGGCCGGUGAGGAUAGCUUUGCUUGCCGGGGCUGAUCUGAUCCAUACCAUGUCAACCCCGGGGGUUUGGAGUGAGGAAGAUCUGGACCAUAUCCUAGGAAAAUACGGAACAUUCAUAGUCGAACGCAGCGGCACUGAUAUCGACGAGGCCAUCGCGGGACUGCAACCAUGGAAAGAGAACAUCUAUGUCAUCCAACAACUCAUCCAGAAUGACGUUAGCAGUACCAAGAUCCGUUUAUUCCUUCGACGAGAGAUGAGUGUUCGCUACCUUAUCCCGCAUCCGGUGAUCGAGUAUAUCGAACAUCAUCACCUAUAUGAAGAGGAUGGUGCUAGUGCCUCGAGCUCGAACCUCCAGGAAAAGGGGAAGGUCAAUCCUCCCGACAAGGUCUGCGACACCAAUCGAGAUAACUAG